GUUUGUGGUGAUUUCUAUAUAAACCUUAAACCAACAAUUCACUACCGCAACACCAACAAAAAAUCCCAUGGCUCACCAAAUUUUCUUCCUUGUUUCUCUGUUGGCACUAGCAACCCUGCAUGGCAUGGAUGCUGUCGAUUACGCUGUUACCAACCAGGCUGCAACAACUGCCGGAGGCAUCAUAUUCAACAACCAGCUCGGAGUUGAAUACACGAGGCAACAAAUGCAAUCGGCCUCGGAAUUCAUCUGGAACCUCUUCCAACAAACUGAUCCGCAGGAUGGAAAGAGGAACAGUAUUUCAACCGUAAGCCUUUUCGUCGUCGAUACCCUGCCACCGCAAAUUCCUGCACGUACAAGCAACGAUAAGAUUCAAGUAAGCGAUAAGCAUAUCGAAGCUUUUAGCGGUGAUAAACUAAAGCCAGAAUUCAAUGGGGUGCUUUACCACGAGAUGACUCACGUAUGGCAGUGGAACGGGAAUGGGCAACAAGACGAAACUCUUGGGAAAUUGAUUGAAGGGAUUGCAGAUUUCGUAAGGCUGAAGGCUGGUUACGUUCCAGCUGGGUGGGCACAGCCAGGACAAGGCGAUAAAUGGUACGACGGCUACUCCGUUACGGCUAGAUUUUUGGAAUAUUGUGAAGGUCUUAGACCAGGGUUUGUAGCAGAGCUUAACAGGAAGAUGAGAGAUGGUUACAGUACUGACUUCUUUUCUCAGCUGCUGGGCAAGACGGUUGACCAGUUGUGGGCUGACUACAAGAACCAGCCAAGGAAUUAGACACCAUAUAUAGCUACAGCUAGCAGCCUAUUAUUAACGU